AUGUGGGGAACCCACAGGAGCCGGCGCCGGAGCGGCUCCGCGGCCAGCGAGGAGCCGGAGAUCGCGGUGAACAUCGGCGGGCUCAAACAGGUGUUUCGCCGGGACGUUCUCAACCGCUUCCCGGACAGCCGCCUGGCCCAACUGGCGAACUCGGUGUCCGGGUUUCCCGCGGAGGACGUCAUCUCCUCCCUGUGCGACGACUACGACCCCGAAAAGGGAGAGUUUUAUUUCGACCGGGAUCCAGACGCGUUCAAGUGCAUCGCGGAGCUUUAUUACUACGGGGAGAUCCACGUGAAGCGGGGCAUCUGCCCCAUCUGCUUCAUGAAGGAGAUGGACUUCUGGAAAAUCGAGCCGGAUUUCUUGGACGAGUGCUGCAAGAGCAACUUGAAGGAGGUGGAGGACGAGCUGGAGGAGAUCGCCGAGAAGGUGAGGACUAUCCUGGUGGACCGGGAAGGAGAUCCGAGCGCCGUCGGCUGGCAGCGCUUCCGGACGUGCGUGUGGAGGCUCAUGGAGAAGCCCGAGUCCUCCUUGCCGGCGCACGUCGUCGCCAUCCUCUCCUUCGUCUUCAUCCUCGUCUCGUCCGUGGUCAUGUGCGUCAGCACCAUACCGGAGCUGCAGGUGGAAGACGAGGAGGGGAACCUCAUGGAGAACCCCACCUUGGAGUGGAUCGAGACGGCGUGCAUCGGUUGGUUCACCGUCGAGUACGUCCUGCGCUUCGCCUCGUCCCCGAAUAAAGUCAAGUUCGCGCUGGCCUUCAUGAACGUGGUGGACUUCAUGGCCAUCAUGCCCUUCUUCGUGGUGCUCCUCCUCACCUCGCUGGGCGCCGGCGUGAUGGAGCUGGCCAACGUGCAGCAGGCGGUGCAGGCCUUACGCAUCAUGCGCAUCGCCCGCAUCUUCAAGUUGGCGCGCCACUCGUCGGGGCUGCAGACCCUCACCAGCGCCCUGAAGAGCAGCCUGAAGGAGCUGGGCCUGCUCCUCAUGUACAUGGGCGUGGGGGUCUUCCUGUUCUCCGCGCUGGGCUACACCAUGGAGCAGAACCACCCGGAGACCUUGUUCACGAGCAUCCCGCAGUCCUUCUGGUGGGCCGUGAUCACCAUGACCACCGUUGGCUACGGCGACGUGUACCCCAAGACCACCUUGGGCCGGUGCAACGCCGCCAUCAGCUUCCUGUGCGGCGUGAUCGCCAUCGCGUUGCCCAUCCAUCCCAUCAUCAACAAUUUUGUGCUGUUUUACAAUAAGCAGCAGGUUCUGGAGACGGCCGCCAAGCACGAGAUCGAACUGAUGGCCUUGCGCUUCGACCAGGACGGUGGCCGCCGCGAGCACGUGUGUGGGGGCGGGGACGCCCGGGUGGGACUCCUGAAGACCCCCUACAAGGGUUGGGCAACAAACCGGAGCCCUAACAUGAAUGCCAAAGCUGAAACCAAACACUGAACAGUUCUCUAAAUGGUUCCUCAAAUGGCUACUGUGGGGGAAUCAUGGGGAAUGCCCUGGGGGGGGGCACCCAACGGGUCCACCAUCUUGGGCGUGUCCGGACAUCUAAGAGAGCAUGACUAAACGUCCACUUUCUCAGAUAUUGCUGCUUACUGGAACCAGUGGAAAAUAUAGAAAACGUGAAAACACACUUACUGAGGCGGAUUCAAACGCCCGACCUCGGAACCGUGAGGCGGAUCCACCGUCCACUCCCCUUCCGUGCUGCUUAUGUAAAAUAAUAUAGAGUAUAUGGAAUACUAAUCAAUGUAAUGUUUCAUUUAUAAGAGACGAGCAGGCCUUAUGCGACCUGUAGGUCGGACUUUGCUCAUUCCUGCUCUCACGGGUCAAAAAAAAAAUGCUUAAAAACUGGACUGGACUCAUAGUUGAGUUUAAAUACUUGACAAUAGAUAAUAUUACCGCAUAUAAUUACUAAUCAGAUUGCUACUGAUCCUCUGCUGGAACACAAGAAUGGCGACGUGAUUGUAAAAGAAGGAAAUCACAGCGGGGGUGACUCCGAAGCAGUCUCGAAGGCUCCUAAAUGGAUUUGGAGGUGCAUUCAAGUACUGACUCAACUGUGUGUGCCUUUGUGCGUCCCUUCAGGCACGUGGAUUGUGACGUUGAGAUGAAUUGUAACAGAAUAGCUGCUAAAGGUCUACGUACUUCUGUUUAAAUGCAAGGUUUUUGUGUGACGGAGCAUAAAACGAGAUCAAGAAAAAUGAUUUCAAAACUUUGCCCGCCUUUAGUGUCACUUUUGACCCAAAGAGCUCAAUUGAUGAUAGGAUCAAUUAAAGCCAGCAUUGGGCAUGCAACCAUUAACCCGACUAGAACUAGGACUAAUUGAUCAAUACGGGAUUAAUCAGAGGCGAGUUCAAAUGCGAUUGGUUAAUUCUGAACUCGGCACUUGUACCCAAUUAUAAGAGGGUGUGCGCACUUAUGCAACUACACUAUUACAGUUGCUUAUUGUUAUUCACCCUUUUGAAAAAAAAUAUAGAUAUUUUCCACCGUGAGUAGAGGUUGUAGGUCGCGGUAAUGGCGGAAAACGUUUUUGAAACGAUUUUGGUCUCGUCGUAUAAUACGGUUCUCGACGCCAAUCCGUUCCAGAAGGCGGUUCGGGAACUGAUUUGUUCGAAAACCGAAUCGAUAUUUCCCACGUCUGCGUGCAGAGGCUGCGUUAUACACAAUAAUGACGCGCGUCGUGGGUCAGCCAGUUAUGUUAUUUCCGGGUUUUGUCGCAUCGGUUCGAGUACUGAUUUUCGUUCGAAAACGGAAGCAAAAAACCAAAAAAAAAAAUCUCGAAAGUCUUCUGAGAUUCUCCAUCUACAAUUCGCUGUCUGAAAUUCCCCGGCUAACACCCAGCCAAUCCGGUUACGCUUUCUUAGUCACGUGACGUCACGUACUAAGAAAGCGUGACUGGAUUGGCUGCCUUCUCAACACUGAAUUUAGACAGCGAAUUGUAGCCAGUUCACAAUCUCAGGAGACUGAAAAUAUUGCAUUUGAAUUUUAAAGGUUGA